GUACAUGUGAGGGAGAAAGAGAACCAAGUGCGGGCAACAAGCUACCCAAGGUCUAGUUACUGGGGCAACCCCGGGCUCGGUGCAACGCCUCGGUGCGCUCUGUGGUCCGCGAGCGCCGCGGCCCCUUUAAGAGCCGGGCCCAGGCUGGCCCGCGGGCCGAGGGAGCCCAGAGCGCCGCGCGCGUCGGAGGAGUUGGGAGCCGGCGCAAAAGUUUCCUCCCAACUCUGGCCCCGCGCGCCGCCGCCGCCGCCCACUCCAGCCCGGGGCCUGGGGCCGGCCCUGCCACGGUCGCUAGGGCCACCGCCAGAGGCAGGGCCGGGCCGGGCCGCACCCGCAGUUUCACUUUGGCGCGUGGAGCCUCCGCUUGCGCCCGGCCGACCCUCCGCGUCCCCGCGUCUCCGAGCCCGCGUUCCCGCCCUCGGCCUCCCGUGGGGCUGCAGGGGAGCAGCUGUGGGUCCCGGUCCCGGAGGCACGCGUGGGACAGCGUCGUGUCCGCCCCACGUCCCCCGACGGAGGGGCUGUGCCUGGGGGCCAGGCACCUGUUCGGCCCAGCCCCGCGCGGGAGCCCAGGGCCAGGAUGAAAGUGACAGUGUGCUUCGGGAGGACGGGCAUCGUGGUGCCCUGCAAGGACGGCCAGCUCCGGGUCCGCGAGCUCACCCAGCAGGCGCUGCAGCGGUACCUGAAGACCCGGGACCAGGAUCCUGGAUACUGGGUGAAGAUUCAUCACUUAGAAUACACAGAUGGAGGAAUCCUGGAUCCGGAUGAUGUCUUAGCAGAUGUUGUUGAAGACAAAGAUAAGGAUGCUCCAUAUCCUACGUCACUCAGGAAGCAGGUGACAUCCCCUUUGGAGGAGGCAGUGCUUCAAGUGAGCUUUCUGCAUUCAUUGGCAGAGGCGGUGUUAAUGCUGAUUGCUGUGUUUGACGAACAAGAGCCACUCCAAAAGACUGAGAGCCCCGGUGGAAACCCUGCGGAUCGGCAGAGCCCAGAUGCUUUCGAGACAGAAGUGGCUGCCCAACUGGCUGCAUUUAAACCUGUCGGUGGGGAAAUCGUAGUAACCCCUUCUGCUCUGAAGUUAGGCACUCCACUGCUGGUUAGGAGAAGCAGUGACCCAGCACCAGGGCCCCAUGCUGAUGCCCAGCCAAGCACUGCAAGCCUGAGUGGCCAGAGUUUGAAACCUGUUGUUCUGGAUUCCACCCAGAACGUGGAAAACAAAGAAGCUAUGAAUGGUGAACAGGCAGGGCUGCUUUCACUGCACAGACCGAAGGAUGAGCUGAGUGAUAUGACGAGAGCUGUGGAGAUUUCUGGGGAAGGAGACCCCCUGGGGAUCCACGUGGUGCCCUUCUUUUCAUCCCUGAGUGGCCGGAUCCUAGGACUCUUCAUCCGAGGCAUUGAAGAAAACAGCAGGUGCAAGCAGGAGGGACUAUUUCAGGAGAAUGAGUGCAUUGUAAAAAUCAACAAUGUGGAACUCCUGGACAAAACUUUUGCUCAGGCCCAAGAUGUCUUCCGCCAGGCAAUGAAAUCUCCCAGUGUGAUUCUCCAUGUGCUUCUGCCUCAAAACCGUGAACAAUAUGAAAAAUCAGUCAUUGGACCACUCAACAUUUUUGGCAACAAUGAUGGGGCUUCGAGAACAAAGGCAGCACCUCCUGCCCGUGGGAAACCAGGUCUGAAGGCAGUACAUCUAACAAGAGCGAGCAGCCCUGAAGGAGAAGAGCCAGCCUCCCCGCAGCAAAGCAAGAGUCCCCGGGUUCCAAGACUAGGAAGAAAACCUUCCUCUCCCUCACUCUCUCCUCUCAUGGGGUUUGGCAGCAAGAAAAAUGCAAAAAAAAUUAAGAUUGACCUAAAGAAAGGCCCUGAGGGACUUGGUUUCACUGUGGUAACCAGAGAUUCUUCUAUACAUGGUCCUGGUCCCAUUUUUGUAAAAAACAUCUUACCAAAAGGAGCAGCAGUAAAGGAUGGCCGCCUACAAUCAGGGGACAGAAUUUUGGAGGUAAAUGGCAGAGAUGUUACAGGAAGAACCCAAGAAGAACUCGUGGCCAUGUUAAGGAGCACCAAGCAGGGAGAGACAGUGUCAUUGGUCAUUGCCCGCCAGGAAGGGAGCUUCCUGCCCCGAGAGCUGAAAGGAGAACCUGAUUGUUAUGCUCUCUCCCUGGAGUCAAGCGAGCAGCUCACCUUGGAGAUCCCCCUGAAUGAUUCUGGCUCCGCUGGCCUGGGGGUUAGCCUGAAAGGGAAUAAGUCUCGAGAAACUGGAACUGACUUGGGGAUUUUUAUCAAAUCCAUCAUCCAUGGAGGUGCUGCUUUCAAGGAUGGCCGUCUCCGAAUGAAUGACCAACUGAUUGCUGUUAACGGGGAAACUCUUCUGGGAAAGUCCAACCACGAAGCCAUGGAAACACUCAGGCGAUCCAUGUCCAUGGAGGGAAACAUCCGGGGCAUGAUCCAGUUGGUGAUUCUGAGGAGACCUGAGAGACCACUGGAGGAGCUUUCAGAAUGUGGAGCACUUUCCAGACCAGGCUUUGAGAACUGUCAAGAAGCUCUGAGCACCUCCAGGCGAAAUGAUAGUAGUAUAUUAUAUCCGUUUGGCACCUAUAGUCCACAAGAUAAAAGGAAAGACCUAUUGCUUCCCAGUGAUGGGUGGGCUGAGAAUGAAGUACCACCGUCCCCGCCACCACAUCCUGCUCUGGAAUGGGGCCUUGAAGAUUUCAGUCACAGCUCUGGAGUGGAUUCCACAGGAUAUUUUCCAGAUCAACAUGUCAACUUCAGAACGGUGACACCAGUCAGGCAGCCCGAAUUGAUUAACCUUAAAGCCUCCAAGAGCAUGGACCUUGUGCCAGAUGAAGGCAAAGUUCAGUCGCUGGCGGAUCGCAGAUCAGACUCUCCAGGCAAAGAUUUUGGUCCAACUUUGGGUCUGAAAAAGUCCAGUUCCUUGGAGAGCCUACAGACGGCUGUGGCUGAAGUCAGGAAGAAUGAUCUGCCCUUCCACAGGCCCAGACCACACAUGGUGCGGGGCCGAGGCUGCAACGAGAGCUUCCGAGCAGCCAUCGACAAAUCGUACGAUGGGCCAGAAGAGGCAGACGCGGAUGGUCUGUCUGAUAAGAGCUCUCGCUCAGGCCACACAGCUCUGAAUUGUGAGUCUGCCCCUCAGGGAAACCCCGAGCUAGACAAUGUGGAAAAUAAAGCCAAAAACAUCAAAAAAACAAAAGAGAAGGAGAAGAAAAAAGGAAAGGGCAAGCUGAAAGUCAAGGAAAAAAAGCUGAAGGAGGAACAUGAGGACGCAGAGAGGAAAAUGAAGAGGAAGGGCUUCGGUGCCAUGCUGAGUGUCUGCCAUUGAGCACGGAGCUUACCAUCUCAGCUGCACUGAACACCUACGUCUCAGGGAUCCUUACCUCUUCCACUCUAGCACUCUGAUUGUAGGUGUGUGCUCCAUUUUUUUCUUUUCAUGUGGGUGCUGGGGAUCUGGACUGAGUUCCUCGUUGCUUAUAUAGCCAACAUCAUACUAACUAGGCCCAUCUCCCCAGCCAAUUACAUUCAUUCUUCGCUACCUUUUCUAGGCUUUUGUCCUAAAGGAAUUGUGUCUAGUUAGCUCCUUCCCAGUAGAUUAUCAAAGUAUAUAUCAUGCUGUUAGGAAGGUUUUUAAUUUUGUCUGCUUUUAAAUUUUGUUUGCCUAUAUUCACAUUAUUAAUAACAUUUAUUGAUUAUUUUGUCUUUGCCAAAUACAUUACUAAUCAUUCUUUUGUUCACUCAACAAUAUUUAUUAAAGUCCUACCUUUAUGUCAGGUGUUGUCCUGGGAAAUGGAUAGCAAGCAGUGAAAUCCCAGCUACUAUGGCACUUUCCCAUCAUAAUAGAGAAUGAAAAAGUCAAAGAUAAAUAUGAGUUUCUCCUGCUGUGUUUAGUACAAAACAAGGAAAAUGUCACAUCAACAUACAAGCUUUAACUGUGAAGUACCCAGGGAGCAAAGGGACAGUCUCUAAGACAGCUCCCGUACCCUGGUAAAGAGCAGCACCUUCUGGACUCACAGGAUUCUAAAGAGGGACCAGCCCCUGGCUCCUACGGGGUUGACAUCCCGUAGGAGGAGAAUGGUGAGAGAAUAGGUACUACAUACCUGAUCCAGAGAAGUCAAGAUGAUUGCAGACUACAGUAGGUGCUAUGGGGAAACUGCAGAGGGGCUAGAAUCCUCCCAUACUGCAGCUGUCUGCGGCCUAACAGACCAUGUCCCCCAAGCUUCAUGCGAUCUUCAGCAGAUAGAUUAUCUGAACAGUGUACACUGACACAGAAGCCAGCUCUCUUUUCUUUCGUUUUCCUUUUUUCCCCCUGCAGCAUAGAAAUCUAAGGGUUUUCUGUAAACAAAUUUCACAAUGAUAACAAAAAGCAGUGAAUAGAGUUCAAAAAAUGUCUGUCCAGUAUGCAAAGCCCUGUUGCAGCUGAGUUGGACAUUCAGAGAGGAGCGGUCUACAGCAGACAUGGAGACACUGAUUUCACGAGCAGUGCACCAGCCCUGCUCUCCCUGACCCAGCAGUUGGAUGCUCUGUGUCAUUUCCUCUUUGCUCAGCUUCAGAUAUUGCUUAUUUUUCUUUUUCUAAGAAUCCUACAUUAUAAACCAUAAAGAUAUUUUAAAAACCCUUAGAAGCCUCAACUUUUCAUUUCUAAGUUUUGCCUACACUACGGGAUAUACUUUGUUCAUUCCACUGUGAAAUGUACUAUGUGUUUUAUUUAUAGGAGCGUGCUAUAAAGGGGAGCCGUGAUGUGCAUGUCUUAGGACUGCCAGACACACUGCCCCCAUGCUAUUUCUACACAAGCAAUUACACAGUUGCUACUAUCACCAGGCUCAUGCUGAACCUAACUGCAGGCUCCCUGGCCUUCAACGAUCCCUCAUACUCUCCCCAUGCUGUUGUGUCGUUUCAGUGGAGUGGUUUAUAUAAAUAAGCAAGCUGUCUGUGGAAUGCCUGACUUGAUAGGUACUAAUGCUUGUUGUGUAUUUUAAGUCCACCAAAUUAUCAUAUGUUUUAUUAUAUACAACAUGUUCUGAUAGAUAAGACCAUUGUGAAGUAGCAGUACACACUAACACAUGGAUAACUUCACACACUUAUCUUUUCUGUGUUUCUGAAGACACUACUCUGAGUUGCUAGUCUCACCUUGAAGUUGUAUGUCCUUGAGCAACCAACUCUCACACUGCCUUACUUCUGAUAACAACCAUUUCUCCCUGUUCCUGUGAAUUACAGUCUUUUAUACUUCACUUGUAAGUGAGGGCUCCAUGGUGCUUCUCCUUCUGUGCCUGGUGUAUUUCAUGUAAGAAUGCUUCACAGGUUAAUUCAUGUUAUCUCUGACAAUGCACAAAACAAACACAGUUCUCACCUCAAAAGGAAAGAGUGUAUUCUAGAGCCAAAUCUGAUUUACCCAAAUCUGGAGAACACAGAGCUAGGUUAUUUCAGGUUCCAUGUUCCCAUGUGGAAACCAUGUUAUGAAAGUCAUAAUCAAAACAACUUUAAAAUAAAUUGGUGGGUACAUAAAAGAGGCACUUACAGCAAGAUGGGGGAAUCUUCUAUAGGUCUAAGAAGCUGUGUUAGCUUUGAAUUGAUAGAAACCGGUGAUCUGGUGGGUUAAAAAAUUCCAAAAGGUUUUAUCUAUUAGUCACAAAAUGUUUGUUCUAACACAGAUGUGGGCAAGGAAUGGCUACAUGAGGGCCUAAAGAUAGCCUGAGCUAAGGUCUAACUAGACACUAGACCUGCAGUAUUCCAACCUGUCCACACCACUGCAAUUUAAAUCCUUCUUUCCAAGAAUGGUAAAUAGGUGUGUGUGUGCGUGUGUGUGUGUGUGUGUGUGUGUGUGUGUGUGUGAGAGAGAGAGAGAGAGAGACAGAGACAGAGACAGAGACAGAGACAGAGAGCACAAUUAUAUUACAUUUCCUUUGUCCACUUAUUGUUUGGCCAAUGCGUAGUUAAUUUCUGUUCCUUUGCUAUUACGAAGAGUGUUGCAACAAUCAUGGAAGUGUAGAUUUGUUUUUCAUGUACUCCUUUCAUUGCUUUUAAAUAUAUUUCCAGAAGUAGGAUAUCUACCUGGAUAUCUUAUGGUACUUAUAGUUUCUAUAUUGUGGUAAGUUUCCAUAAUAUCUUCCACAAUAUAUGAAUAAUUCAUAUUUCCACCAAUAGUGUGCAAGGCCUCACUUUUCUCCACAUUCUUGCAAGUGAUGGUUUCUGUCAUUUAUGUAUUGUUUCAUUUGAGAGGAGGGCUCACUAUACACAAGAGCCUUCUGCCUUAGUCUCCCAAGGGUUAGGACUGUGAGUACAUACCACCAUUGCUUGCUACUGUUCUUUUCAGAUAACUACACCUGAGAAGACGUCUUCUUGGGGUUUGGAUUUGCAUUUCCCACGUUGUCUCUCCACCUGUUGCCCACUCGUGGGUCUGCCUUUAUGAAAUUAAUAGGCUUCUCUCCAGACUCCUCCCUUUGGAUUUACUCCAGACAAACCCUUUGUCUCAAGCUAGAUGUACUCAGAGCCCACAAACUUUCCCUUCCACUGUUUCAUUUCCCCUGAAUUGCUAUUUUGUAAUUCAAAUGGGCAUAGUGCUUCUUCUCUCUCACCUGAACAGUUUGCAUAAUAAAGUAUAGGAAGAAAUGCCAUCGCUCAAAUCAUUCGCUCAUUUAUAUUUCAUAUGCUCUGGGUCACUCCUUUCCAAGUGCAACUGUGAACUGUUUUCAAGCUUUACUUAACCACUGGGUAGAAGACGAAACUUUCCAUUGCUGAAUACAAAUCAAGAGUAGACUCACCCAAAGGCUUGUUUUGUUUUCUUACCUUUCUUUUUAAGUCCAGCCUCAAUGCAGAGUGUGCAGAUGGGUUCAGGCUCAGAUAUUUCUUAGUAGAUGGCUGCUCUGAUGUUGUCCAUCAAGAUACAUUUUGACUUGAUUUUUAAAUCGGGUUAGAGAGAGCACCGAAUACUCAAGUCACCAGGGACAUGGCAUGUGUGCUAUAUUUGUCCUCUCGGCUUGAUCCCAUAAUGGCUGUUACAGGUCUCAUGUACAAUAAAUGUAAUGUGGCCACAGCCUGUCAUUACCUCUUCCCAGAUAGUGGCUGUAAACAUCUGGGUAGCCCGUCAGCUUUAUGAGCAUGAAGGGCAGCUCUGCUAAUGCAGCCAGUCCAAUGAAAUUUUAACAGGCAUCUCCCCAAAGGCAAAAGGGCAAGCCAUAGGCUAGAGUUUAGGUGCUUUUUAUCAUGAGGUUCAAGCCAUUUGAAACAUGAAAUCUCAAAUGAAAAAUAAAGGCCAAAGUUCUUAAUUUGGCUUCAAGUUAGAUACAUUGAGAGCACUUUACUGAUCAGGAUAAAGUAGCUGCAUGUGUUGCUCCUGAGAGAAGUAUGACUGUAGAAAAAAAACCAAUGUAUUCUGAAAAGCUACUUAGAGUAAAUGCAGCUAUCCAUUGUUCUCCAUGACUGUCCCUGAUUGCCAGGGGAAGAAAUGGAUGUUAGCCCCCAUCAGCAUAGAAGAGAGAUCAGGUUUGGUCCCUUUGUAAAGGGAUUUUCUCUCCUAAAUUCAUCUUUAACUAUUUACUCUUGAAGUCUGGAGAGAUGUCUCAGGUCUGUAUUGCUCAUGCAGAGGACUCAAAUUCAUUGCUAGUACCUAAAUCCAGUAGUUCACAACCAUCCUAACUCUAAACUUCUGGAAUUCUCACACUGUCUUCUGGACUUUGUGAGCACCUACACACACACACACACACACACACACACACACACAUCUAAAGAUAAAUCUUUAAAAAGUAUUUACUUUAUUUUUCACAAAAUGAAUCAUAAAAGUUUUGUUGUUUCAUUUUGUUAACUUGCCAAUUUUUUUCAAAUUAAGUCUAACCUUAAUUUCUUUAGUAUUUUUAAAUUCAGGCAGGGUGACACCAUAGCUAUCACUUCUUUUUUUUUUCAUCAUUACUACCGCAGGUCUUGGCUGGAAAUGCACUCUUUAUGAGCAGUGUGGAGCUUGGAAUGGAAUUAGAAACUAGAGGCAGUAACAUACAGAUAUUGACUUCCAUGAAACCCAGUAGUGUGAUCGUUGAUAAAAGUUAUUCAUUUGCAUGUAAUACAUCUGAAGUUUUGUUAGUCUGCACCUGAACACAAGAAGAGAAAAUUAGCACAACGUUGUGUGUGGAUUGUGGGCAUAAAGAUUUAAAGAAGUUUAUGAGUGAUAGAAAGGACAGCAAUAUCUACAAGAAUACUCACUAAAAUGCUACAUAGAGCCAAGGUUUAUUGCUUAACUAAAAGAUGAACCUGAGAGAGAAGGGCUACUCAUCAGCUGGGCGGAGCACAAAGACAAAUGAGAUGCUGGGGUACCCAGCGGGCAGGCUUGUUUGCUCUAUGGCUUUAAUCAUUUUUUUCAGCUCUCAAGCAUGUCUGCAAAUGUUUGUUUAUCCCUCUGUUUUCUGACGAUGUGUUCAUGGAAGGAUGAGGGCCCUGUAUAGAGUUAAUUAAUAUGAAAAUGGAUGGCUACCUUCUAUUCAAAGUCUGAUUGCUGCUCCUUGCUGUCCCUUCCUACUCCGUGUAAUCUUGAUUAUUCUGCAGCUCUUGUUCUCUGCUGCCCAAAGCAGUAGGGUGAUUUGAUUUUCUCAUACUUAUCACAGGAAAGAGUGAUCACAUAGGGUGUCAACCAAAAGGCUUAUUUGUUUAAUUAGGGUUCCUUCUGCUCUUAAUACGCCUGCCCAACUCCCAUUACGUUAAUGCAAAUUACACAACAGCACUGGAGGAGAACACACUACUUUAUCUCAUUCUGGGAUAAUGAGGUUUAGAUUUGUUAACCGAUCAGGACAAAAGUCCAGUGGUUUCACUUUUGAAGCAAUUGAUAUGCUAAAAGGAACUUGCACAGGCACUCAAAUGGAAGGUACACAAUCAUAAAUAAAUGUCAUUAGCAUUUAAGAUGAAAUAUAAUCAUUAAAGAUGCUAGAUUAAUAAAAUGCAGACAAUUUUCUGAUGGACUUAUUUGCAUACUCAUAUUAAGUAUCUAAUAAAGCAUGCUAACAACAGUUUUAUCUGUAUAUACAAACACUUGUAAGUUCCUAGUGGGGAUGUAUUUGCCUAAUAGGCCUUGCCCUGUGUCCAGCACAAUGUCAUGUCCUUGUGGGAUGUUUACUUAAUAUGAUUAGGGAAUGACACGUUGAGGUUUAAUACUUUGACUAGGCUAGGAUGGAAUCAGAUCUCUGAUUAGCACCUUUUAUCUGAAAACUUCAAUAUAAUUUACUAAUGUCCAUCUUCCACAUGCAUGGGCAACGACAGUGGCCAAUAGUUUUCCUUGCAGAUAAUUGCAGGAUGAGGCAGGACACAUGCCAUUUAUUUACUCUUGCCAUCUAUUGGGUUUCCAAUUGGAUUAGAUGUCUUCAGGUGAUAUCAAAAUAAUUUUAUAACAUGAACUAGUUCAUAAUUAAAAGGAAAGGCUCAAAUUGGGAGCACAGUAACUGACUGUUUUGCUCAUAAAACAAGAAAAAAGACUUCCCAGUGCAAUUAAAAACACAUAGGAGAUGCAUUACUUAAAUUGGAAAAUAGAUAGGAGGUGUAUAAACACUUUUGGACUAUAAUAGCCACCAGACUUUGGACACAAUCCAAUUUGUUUCUCAAACUAUUGGCUACUUUCAACCUCAACUUCAACAAGGUUAAAGUCUAAUUGGUAAUCUACCCAUGGAAGUCACCAGCUUAUGCUGACUUUCCUAAUUAUGUUUGAUGCAACACCUGAGAUCCCAUGAUAUCUAGGAUGUAUCCUCCCUGCCUCUCCUCACCCUCCCAUCCAUAAAUUCUACUGAUGUGUGAAAAGUACUGCCUUGCACUUCUGGGUGUUCUAUUCCAUUGCCCCUCUGUACAUUGUGCCACUAUAAUUUGAUUGAUUAUUCUAAAUACGUUGUUUCAGUAGCAACCUGGCUAAUUGGCCUGCAUUCCCCCUUUCUUCAUUUCAGUUCAUCCUAACACAACUACCAUCAUCAGAUAGUUAAUAAACACCUCUAUAUUAAAAUGUAAUAUAACAUGGUAGCAGAGAGAAGAUCUUGGGAAAUUUCACUUGGAUACAAAUCUCAGGUCUGCUUGUUCUAACCAUAGGUCCUUGUUAAGGAUUCUAUCUGAAUCUGAAAUGUGUUAUUUGAUCCCUAGCCUAUAGUGAUGUUCAGAAGGCUGUGGAGCCUUUACAAGGCAGGACUUCACGGGUGGAGCUAUGUCUCCAGGGCAGACCUUUUCGUGUGAUGCUUCCUGCUAGUCCAGGCCCACUGCGACGGAGGGGCACACAUGCUCGCACAGUCCAUGCUACAGUGGCCUAAAAUAUUUCCGAAAGCAUAGGACAAAGUAAAUCUUUCCUCUUUCAAAUUGCUUUACUUACAUACUUUUUCAUAACACAAAGAGUAACUUCAACAUUGACUUAACUGCUGUGUCAUUAGCCUCUCCUGUGAAGUCAUGGUGGUGUUUGCCUGACAGAGUUGCGGAGUAAAUGAGAUGCUACAUGAAAAAGGAACUGACAAUAGCAAGUUCUUAAAAUAAAAUCUAUUAGUAAUAUUUUGUCGUGGAUAUUGCCGUCUUAAAGUCUGCAGCAUUGCAGAAUUGCCUACCAAGCCUGCUCAAAUGUUGCAUUCCUAAUUUCAUCAUCAGAAAUUUGAAUUUAUUACAUUUCAUACAGUACUCUGGGACCUCUGGUGUGUCACAGUGGGAACCCAAGGUCUUCAUUUGAAAAUGAAGGAUUCAUAUAAGGCCCACUCUUUAAUUGACACCCGGUGCCCUCUAUUUUCUUGACCGAAUUUGUGUAUCGUCACAUUCUACUUUUACUUUCUACAAUCUCUCCACUCUAACAAGAUUACUUCGUUCUGCAGAGAGCUUGGAGCCUCGGAUGGCAUCUUUCUUUAAGAGGCUCAUACUCUGCUUUCCCUGAUUCUGCCUGGCUUUGACAGCCUUUCUCUGCCCCCCUUUAUCAAACUCCAUUUCUUGCGCCUGCAUUUCCCUCCCAUGGCGAUUCGUCCUCAGCAUCAGCAUCAGAGUUUGCUCCUUCAGUUCUUUGCAUGGCUUGGGUUUGGGGUGUUUGUUUGUUUGUUUGUUUGUUUUAAUUUCAGCUUCCUAUGUCUGCCUCAGAUUCACAAUGGGGAUGGAUUCCUUUAAGCAAAGAACCUCCACCCCCAACACACACACACACACAAACACAUGAUGCUUUUCACUCUUGUCCUUUAAUACGCUUUUGCUGGUUGACCCAGCAGCUUGUGUAUCGCUCUAAUUGGAUUAGACUUAUUUGGAUAUUGCUGUGUUGUGCCCUUUAGUCAUCCUGGAUAAUAAUACAGGAAAUAAUGAAAACAGGGAUUCUUCGAUGACCAAGUGAGUAAACUGUCCUGGGAAUCAUCUUUAUUUCUUUAAAUUUCUCUUGGAAGAAAAGGUUAAAGGAUGAGUUAACUAGCAAGAGUAACCAGCUGUUCCCCAUGUCCAUUGAGGACAGUGGUAGAAAGAAAAUAAGUCAAAAUUGCUUUGGGUAAAAAUGAGGUUAGAUAUGACAAGGAAGAUGGUUGUUACUCACUGGGUGAGGUUUCUGAACAGGUUAUAGGUCUGGUAUCCCCCAAGACUGCAAGAGAAUAAGGAAAGAUAUCCAUCUAAAAUGUGAGAAAAUAUCCAUCAGUUCAUUACUAGAAUAUCUAUUAAGUACUACCCUAGGGAAGCCCAGAAAAAAAAUAUACAACAAUAUUGCUACACUUAAACUUGCAAUCUAAUUAAGAUGACCUAUAAAUAGGAAAUUAUUAGCAAUGAAAUAGGAUUUAGAAUUCACAGCUAAAUUAUGAGGUUAGAGCCAUAGUUCUGUUCCAUAUUCCAAAGUACACCCUAUUUCUGCACUAUUCCAGGUCAGAGUUUAACAAAUGCAUUUCAGCAUCCCCUCACAAAGUCAGCUGCCACGUAGAGUGGAUUGAUCUCCAAGAUCUUCUGAAAUAGUCUUGUCAUUGUUAUUGAGAGAGAUUUGCUAAGUACACAGCAAGCACAUUGUGGUGUGUUCAAAACCUCCAGUUUAUUGUUGUCCUGUCCGGUUCUUUCAUGAAUUCAGAAAAUACUGGGUUGCCUGAUAAAUAUCAUUCUAGGACCUUGGUUGGAAAGAACUGAAGUGGAUAAGUCAAGUGUGUCACUGUUCUCUUCAAAGCCCAGAGUCUGCAGUCUUUCUUCAAAGAGUGCAGGGCAUGAAGAGUCUGUUAUUGAAAAGCUAUAUUAUCUACUGAGCCCCUUUCAGAAUCCCCGAAUCUAUGAACUUAUUAGACUACUUGUGGCAUACCUGGUGAACACACGAAGUAGGUGAACGUCUAGAUGUCUAACCUCAGACGUUUCCACUGCCAGAGUCAUGCCUACAGUUAUCCACUUGCAUCAACUGUAUCAAAUACCCUAUGGCCAUCUAUGGCUUGGCCAUUAGCCAGAAGUGAUUACCAGUGUGAUAGAUCUGUGGGCCAAAAGAGAGAAGGGUUAGUUGGAAAAAAAAGAAGCUAAAUUUAUAGGAUGAAAUGAGCAGGAACUGAACAAAGUCACUGCCUACAUCUAUUAACAUUUAAAUUGCCAAAAUUGGGGAUAUUGAUUCUCAGUGUAUCCUUUGGUCUAAAUAAUGAUGAACAACUUACCUCUAUUUUUAGGAUUAAAGAUUCCUCAUCUAGGAAGCUUUUCAUUUUAAGCAAAGUCAGGAAGUAGAUCCCUUUAAUCUUCAAAUUCUCUCUCUCUCACUUCUGUUUCCUACUUUGGGCUAAUAUACUACCCUAAUGCCAUACAAAUCCCUUGAUAAAUAAAAGCAUAAAACCCGAACCUCAUUUUAAAUAUUAUGUGUAUAAUUUUAAAUUCUGAAUGGCAAAUAAAAAUAUAAAUCUAGAAAAGUAAAUGAUACAAAAGCAAACUUGAAAGGACUCAGUCUCUUCUGUUACCAUUCUUUCCUGUUCUUGACCCUGACCAUUAUCUAUCUCCUAAGACUUUCCUUACACCCAAAACAUCCACAGGGCUCUGGAAAUCAGAGUAGAAAUGUCUCCGUAGCGACUGACUCAGCCAGCACUCCCUGACCCACGGAAGAAUCCUCACAGACAUCAUACGUUCAGAACUCGGGAAAAAGAGAGCUGAAGGGUCUGUUGGCCAGAUAAUGGUUGCAACUUUGAUUGCAGACAGAAUCACCAGUGAACAGUAAAAACCCUAAUUCUAGAGCUUUUAGUGCUAGUUCCUCCCAUUGAUAGGUUUCUGCUCCCCCAGGGACUAUAAUUUUCCACUUUAAAUUUGAACUCUAGUCAAUGGAUAGUAAAAAAAAAAAAAAAAAAAUCAAUAUCAUAGAUUUGUCCUGCUUUCCUUGUGCCUCCUGGAAUUUUCAGAGUGUGGGAAGGAAUGGUUUUUAUGAUUAAAAUAGACUGUAAAGUGGAAAGGUGGUUUUGACCAGUGUUCUGGAACUUUGACCCACACUGUCCGUCUACUCCAGACCAUCAAUGUCAUCUCACUGUCCCCAUCUCUGCAUGUCUUCAUUUUCUUCACUCUUUAGAAGCCUUAAAUAUGCAGUAGUAUUAUUGUUCUUCCACUCCUGGACAAGACCUUACCAAGCUAAUUACUUGUUACCAAAACAUUUUUCCUACUAUAUUCUGCUUUCUCCUUGAUUUUGAUUUGUUUUCAAUUAUAGUUUAUUUCUUUAUAGUUUAACAUUGGCCAGAGGCAGGGAAGUAGGAGGAAAAGCCCACAAAAAUCCAUAAAGCUAAAUCCAAAUAAUAAUAAUAAUAAUAAUAAUAAUAAUAAUAAUAAUAAUUAGUAGUAGUAUUUAUGAGAUGCUUCUUAGAUUGUGAAAAAUAUAUAAAGGUACCAAAGACUUAUUGUAAGCAAUUCCAACAUGGAAACACAGUAAGCUGUCCUCACUUUAGAGGCUGAUCAUGCCACCUGCCCUUGGAGGUGCUGCCUUGGGUUCAGUCCUGGCUUUUCCUAGUAGCAAGCUUUAUGUAAAGGCAUUGGAUGGGCUUAGUCACCUCAGACUUUUGUUGGAACACAGUUUAGAUUCUCUUGGUAUUUUCCUCUUGGCUUUUAAAUUGCUAACAAACAGGGAAUAAAAAACCCUCUGUCUUAGUCAACUUUACACUCUCCCAUUACUUCUGCCUUCCGUGUACCUUGGCAUGGGUAGAACCCUGCUCAUUACCUCUGCUUUUCGUGUACCUGUCCAGUUCCUGUGGUCCUCAUCUUCUAGACUCAGAAUAGAGAUUGAUUCUUAACGGUCUCACCUCUCCUUGUGCUUAGCUUGACUGGGGUGGAUUUUACAUCCAGUGUCUGGAGGUUCAACAGCAGAAAUAAAUCAUGCUAAGAAGGUGACGUGAAUAACGUUGAAUCAAACCAUAAGCCACCACCUCUCUGCUGUCUUUACCCUGGGAUCCACCUGGUAGCACACUCCCUCCCGUGGAGAACAACAGAACUUGAACCAUGUCUUGUUAUAUUAGAAUGUAAGAACUUGGUGAAUUCUAACCAGUUACCUCAGAACCAAUGUGUCCAGUGUUACAGGACCUUUUUCCUUGAAGCUGAUGUAUCCUACCAGAUGUUUAGAUGCUCUUGUGUCCUUUGAAGUCCUUACAACCAUAGUCUGUCUACAGCUGACAGAAUAAUCCUGACUAGAGAGGUUCUAGGUUGCCUGGCUGACAUCUAUCCUUAAGCCUUUGUCCUGCUUGUGAAUCCCAUCUAAUCCCCUUCACCAUGAUCUUAUAUAGUAUGUCCAGCACCAAGUGUGAUAUUGCUCACUGCCUUUUUCAUAGCAUAGACUCAGAGUUCACAGGAUAUGGGUAGAAUCACUUAUUUCUGAGAAGUGCUAUAACUAACAGUAUUUACUUACAGAUCCUUUCAUUUGCUGAUGUGACAUAUAGAUGGUAUUUUCUUUUUUACCUAAAACUUUUGAAAACUCAAAUAUUAGUACCAAAGAAAUAAAUCAGCCCUGGAAGCACUAUAUACCCUUGACAGCAGGGUCUCUCUUAAUUUUGGAGGUAUGGGUUAAAAUGUGCUUAUAAAACUCUGUUCCUUAGUUUUGCAUUUCAAGUGUUAAGUUUUAAAUCUAGCUGUCAGUCAUGUAUUAUUCCAUAAGAGCCGUAUCAACAUAGAAAGAUAGUGAUAGGUUUUGGGAUGUGAUGGAAAUUCUAAUAGGCUGUUUAACAAUAAUAUGGCAGGCAGAUUCCAUUUUAAUCAGCAUUGUCAUUAACGACUAUCAAUAGCAAAGAUAAGAUGUUCUUGUCUUUUAGAAUUAUGAUUUAUAGCUGGAACAGCAGUCACUCUGAAGUAUAUUUAUUUUACAAUAUAGACAUUGAUUAAAUGCAUGUGGCAUCUCAAAUACAGUUGACAUUUUAAGUCAAAAUUAUUACAGACACAUAAACCAUUCAUUUAAGCAGUUGCUGUAACAAUGUGUCUCUGCUGGUAGUUAAUGGAACAAAGUCUGACUGCGCCAGUGUUCCAUCAAGUUGCUUCUGUUGACUAGUGCACACAGACCAAGGGGAAGUUGUAUCCUCUGGACAGUCAAACCAUGUCACUUUAUUUUGUCUACAGGCUCUAAAAAGAAAAGCAGUCCCUUAAAUACCUAAAUACAACUCUUCCUAGGAUAAAACCUUUUUAUAAUUGUUUUGGUCCUCACCCAUAGUUCUCCCUCCAUUCUCUGAAAGUCUUGCCUCCUAGCCUACCAGUCUGCUCAGUGAGUAGGUCUUGAAUAAUUGAUGCUGGCUGUAGUUGAUGCCUUAAUGUAGUUUAGGGAUGAUGGUUUUGUAAUUUAUAUUGCUGCUUGUUGUCAAUAUAACAGGGACUUUACACAACACAGGGUGUUUGAGUAUUGAUGGUUCUCUUACAAGACUGAAGCCAGUAGUAAUUGUGUCUAAAAGCAUCCUUCUAGACCAUACCCAUGACUUAUUUAAUCUCAUUUCUCACUUAUUUCAACGUAACCUCAGUGUAUAAAUCUCAAAAACAUUUUAUUAUAAAACAACGUUAGUUUUAUAGAAAAGGUUAAAAAAAUGGCAUGAAGAUAUUUUUAUAUGCUUGUUUGUUUUCUAAUGAGGGAGAAGGAAAGGGUGUGUGGAUUGCAAUGGGUGAGAAGGUGAGGAGGAUCAGGAGUAGUUGGGGGAACAUAAUCAAACUAUACUGUAGAAAAGGAAAUAGAUUUCCAAUUUUAAAAAUGGCACAAGGAACUACAUCAUCUCCUUCACUCUGAUUCUUUAGAAAUUGGCAUGUUCUUAGAGAAGCUCCAGUGUUGGGGUGGUCCUCCCUCCCUUCCUCCUUCCCUCCCUCCCCUCUCCCCUCCCCAUAUAUCCCUCUAUGCCUUGUUUCUUCAUAAUUUCAGAGAUGUUGCAAAUAUGGAACCCUUUAUCCUUUGCUGAACUUUGAAGUCAAGGCUACAUCACUGUGAUAUUUUCUUCCAUGCACUAGAAAACUGAAGAGCAGACUGAAAUUCUACCUUAAGCUAGCAAAGUUAGACAUUACAAAGGGAGCAAGGUGUUGGUUUUGGUCGGUAUAAUUCCAAUGGGAAAAUAGGGUGUGAUCUUCUCUUAGUUUUGUAGCCCUGCAUGAUCACUAUUUAAUCUAAAGGCUAAAUGAAGUCAGCACUGACUUUAGAUAAAUGAGAGUAUGUUUCCAAGUGUGGGGUGAAUUUCUCAGACAGUGACUGAAACUUCAAAAGCAAGACCAGUACAAAUAGGUGCAAGCAUCUCUUCCUUGGGAUAGGGCCUCAUUAACCAUGGAAUUUAGUGUAAUGUGCUUGUGUGUGAUGGUGAAUAGGAAAAUGUCCUGCUUAUUCUUAUCAUCAUUAUUAAAAUUAUACUGUAGAAACCUCCUUGGAAAUCUAAUAUCUUUCACUCAGACAUUUUUUGCUCCAAAUGAUUUAUUGAUAAGCCUGGAGAGAGGGGUGGGAAGCCAUAUGGGUCUCUUGUUACCUGAGGCCUCUUCCUCUCAGUUCCUGUUCCUUUGAAAGCAAAACUGUACAAAGAUAAAUUCACUGAGCUGGUUACUGUGGAAUUAAGUUCAUCCAAGACAUUUGUAAUUUGCCUGAUCAGAAAAAGAGCCGCAAGAAAAUAGUCUUUGUUUACAUCUGUUAGGUAUUCAGAGUACCUUAUGUUAGGGGGAAAUACAUCGGGGUACCUUAUGUUAGAGGGGGUGCAUGUCAGGUCAUACUUUGUGUCUUGAAAAAAAAGAUGAAAGGAAGUAAUUUAGUGUAGGUAUAGCUGAUUAGGUGAGGAUCAGUUUUUUGUUUUGUUUGUUUGUUUGUUUGUUUGGGGUUUUUUUGUUUUUUUGUUUUUUGUUUUGUUUUGUUUUUUUGAGACAGGGUUUCUCUGUAUAGUCCUGCCUGUCCUGGAACUCACUUUGUAGACCAGGCUGGCCUCGAACUCAGAAAUCCACCUGCCUCUGCCUCCUGAGUGAUGGAAUUAAAGGCGUGGAAUUAAAAGUUCUUAAAUAAAUUGACCAAAGAUUCAUUCCAGCUUUUAAAGAUAACAGGCAAGAGGGUACCAUAUAUGUACCUAAAUUAUAUGAACACAAAUGACCACAGGUUGGUUUUUUUUUUCCAUUUUACUAACCCUGGAUAGUUCAACUCCAGAUAAGACAAAAUUCAUGAACUAGUGUCAGCUGUCUGAAUUCUCUCUCACAGUGUCAAGGUUUAAUUAGUCACAGCAUAUGAAAUCUGCUCUGCUCUGGAAAGUUGAGAUGUCCUUGAAUGUCUAAGCUUCAAAUACCCUCCAAAUUAAUGAUAGUACAACUUUAUGAGGCUCUUUAAAACUUUUAUCUAAAAGAAGGUGUAUAUGUGGUGGUGGUGUGUGUGGUGUUUAUAGUA